CCACUGCUUCUUCAAUCGUUGAAUCCCAAGCAAGAGUUCUGCUCCAUUGGAAAUCCACCCUUCAAAAUUCACACCCCCAACAACUCGGUUCUUGGUCUUUCUCCAACAACGCAUGCAUAUGGCAAGGCAUCACCUGCAUGGAGAAUGGAGGCCGAGCUGUGAUCACGGGCAUCAGCCUACCUCGUGCAGGCUUGGUAGACUUUGGCACUGCAAGAAUUCUGAAAUCUGAUUUAUCAAAUUGGAGCACACUAGCAGGCACAUUUGGAUAUGCUGCCCCAGAGCUUUCGUACAUGACAAGGGCGAAUGAGAAAUGUGAUGUAUACAGCUUUGGCAUAGUAAUAUUAGAAGUAAUAAUGGGAACGCAUCCAGGUGAUCUUGUCUCCUCCCUAUCAUCAUCAGACGUCCAGCAGAUGCUAUUCAGUGAUGUGUUAGAUCAACGUAUCUCACCUCCUACAGCUUAUAUGGUAAAAGAAGUGACGUUGCUGGCUAUUAUAGCAUUUUCAUGCAUCCGUGUAGAACCACAAGCACGACCAACCAUGCAAAGGAUAUCUCACUUAUUCAUAAGCGACAACAUUCCAACUAUUCAUGAGCCAUUCAACUCAAUUAAAUUAUGUCAAUUAGUGGAGCUUUUAACAUAGAUGCAGUACUUAAUAGCUACAAAAAUCUUAUGUAGUUCUUUCAUGUUGCAUGGAAUAAGUUAUUGUAACUCCUUUUCUAUUUUUAUCUUCUAGAAAACCAUUAU